AUGGCUGAAGAUUUUGAUGUUGAAGCAAUGCUAGAAGCUCCAUUUCAAAAGGGACAAGAGCCAAUUGUGACUCAAGCUACAAACGGCAAGAGUCGACUCGAAAAAGACGACGCAAAAAGGAACGACGGCGUCAUCGAAGUUCUUCACGCACUUCUAGUCAUCGACAUAGAUCACAUUCCCGAUCCCGUCGCUCACGUAGGUCACGUUCUAGAUCGCAUAGAAGACGACGUAGUCGUUCUAAAUCGCGCGACAAGAGACGACGGAGUAGGACACGUUCUAGGGAAAGGAGACGCAGAAGUCGUAGCCCACGCAGGAAAAGUCGAAGUCCUAGCAGAUUUAGGUAUGACCGACCGCCGACGACGUUCACCAACGCCACCGCUAGACGAAGAGGAACGUGAUAAACGUACAGUAUUUGUCAUGCAAUUGGCUGCGCGUCUUCGGACUAGAGAACUUGCUGAUUUUUUCUCAACGGCUGGAAAAGUCCGAGACGCAAAGAUUAUCGCCGAUAGAAUUUCUCGACGAUCAAAAGG